CUCGCACUUGCCAAAGGCCUCCGAACCAGACGCCUCCUCCAGCCUAUGUGCUUGGCAGACACCCAUUCCUCUGUGACCGCUCUCCUACCCUCCAUAUCAUUCUGGCUAUGCUUCUUCUGCGAGCACAUCAUCCUACCCUCUCGAACACCUGAAUUCAAAUUAAUCGACUUCCACCAUGCGGUAGUCUUCAUGCUGGCCUGGGCCGCAGAUCAGAACGAGAUUAUCCUGGAACCGAAACUCUUCACAGAUUAUCUCCCAUUUCUUUGGUUUCACCCUCCCGCUGGCUAUACGAAAUACAAUCGCGACGAUGCCCAAUCGGUUUUUGUUGCUGUAUAUAAUGCAGUUCUUCGAUGUGAAUCAACAGCAUUGAGAGAGGCUCUCGUUGGUCGACUAGAGGAAAACAGUAUGCUUACUGCUAGACUCAUCAUCCAAUUUAUUAUGGACGAAUUUGCCUAUAUUCCGGAGGAAUCAGACAUGAGGCACCCAUACCAGACUCUCUGGAUUGCUACUGUUUUUUCCCUCGAGCUCUCCGGCCUAUCUCUAUCCAUCCACACCGCUCUACUGAAAAACAACAGUAUGCAAUGGAUGUCUCUCAUUUUGCGAUUCGUGACCCGGCGUGUGCGAUUUACCCAUACAACACUGCUCAUGGCCACGGAUUGUGCGUCUAGAUGCUUGCCUUACAUCCUCAGAGUUAUGCAGGAUGGGCAUUCGUAUAUUCAUCGACUUCUGGGAUACGACGUCCUUUUAUAUAUGUUCAAGGCAUUCCACAAUCUGCAUGCUCAUCCCAAUCUCAUCGACCAGGAAUUGAAAGAACUCCAGACCUCCAUGGAGAAUGACGCCGUAGAGAUCCUGUUCAUGGUCGCAUCCCAUUGUUACUAUGCUUCGAUUCUGAAGCGGUCCAAAAAAGCAACCUUCAAAAUACAGCGACGACACUUGGAUGAUUUCGUAGAUUCCAGCUCAGAGCCGGUUUCCAGGAUAUGGACGUGGCUUGUAGACAUCGUUUUGAAUCGACCUGACAUCUCCAAGUCUUUGGAUUCGCUUUGUGGUAGCAAACAAUGUCCUAGAACAUCAGUCGGAGAAUUCAUGACUUGUUCCGGCUGCCAAUUCACCCUGUACUGCUCGCGUACAUGCCAAAAGGAUGAUUGGUCAUCUGGCGAUCACCGCUCCCUCUGUAAAAAGAUCAAACAACUCAGAAUCGGUUGAUGGUAGACCCUUACCCAUGUUUUCCAGCGAUGAGAGAGUCAUUGAGAUGUUCACAUUCCGACGCGUGAGAUAUCUCAAAGAAAAUCCUGCAGAACGGGACAAACUCGUG